CAGAGGAUGCCUUACAAGACUUACAAAAACAGAUGGAUGCCAUGACAGAAGUGCUGAGCAAUUCUGAUGAAGUGGAUCAACUAAUACUGAGAAACACAGGUCUGACUGAUGAACUGCUCAAGAGUUUGGCAAUGGCGCUCAAGAGAAGCCCAUCCGAAGUCACAGUGAUUAACCUUAAUCUGAACCAAAUCGGACCCCCUGGAGUCAAUGUUUUACUAGACCUUCUACAAGCCAAACCACAGAUCAAAGAACUACUAUUGUUUGGAAACCAACUUGGCGAUCUUGGAGUACAGACCCUGCUUAGUGGAUUGGCUGAACUUCAAGAUAAAACAGCAGCGCUGCGUGGAAACUCUGAACCGAUCCACUUCUCUCCAGUUAGCAUUGUGAUCAAAGAGUUAGACCUAGGUGGAAACGGCAUUGGCAGCGAGGGCCUGAGGGUGCUGGCCACUUUCAUGAGGUAUCAUUCCCAUCUUCAGUAUCUGGGCCUGGCACAGACAUCAUGUUCUGACAUGGAUGCUUGGAUAGUCUUGUUUGAAAGCCUGAAAGUGAACACUACGCUGACACACAUCAUCUUAGAUGAAAGCAACCUUGGGGACAAUGGUAUCAAGCUGUUUGCUGAGGCACUGAGAUCAAAUAAGACCCUGAGGAAGGCAGACUUGGAUAAUAACAGUUUCGGCGAGGUUGGAGGACAUUAUCUCCUGGAGGCUCUACGCUCUGGGGGAAAACGUUCCCUUGAGAACCUCAGCCUGGAGGGGAACUACAUCAGCACCGCACUGAUGGCCAACAUACAGCAGGAGCUCGAAUCUAACAGACCAGCUCUGUAAACAGAUGUAUCAUCAAUUAACUUGUGCUUUACAACUCAAACUUCUGGCGGGAUGUACAGUAAAUAAGCCUGAUGUCUUCAGUACAGGACAGAGGGAAAAACUUUGUGGCCAGCACAUGGGUGGCUUCCAGUAACUCUAAAUGAAUUGCUUUAUUCUGUGAUCCAUCUAUUUGGGAGUUUAAACA